AUGAGGAGUCUCCUUGUCCUCUUGCCGGCUGUUCUAGCAGUCGCCCUCGCGCAGGAGCACUUCCUGGACGUCCGAGCUCUCGUGAAAGACACGAUCGAUGCGAUCAAAGAGGUGCCAGCCAUGAUGCAGAACCAGAAUCAGACGACGUCUUCGACGAGCAGCGAGCCAGAAGUCUCGACUGCCGAACCGACGAAAGUGGUGAAGGCGAGAAGUGACGUGUACGAUACCCUUCUGAAACUGCCAGCAGACAUCAUGUCGCAACUCGCCAGAGACGCCGGAUUCGUUGAUGAGAAGACGGCGCAGAAGGAAGUUGUGGAGGGGAAGAAGCAGGAAGAGACGGAACGUGUCGAGAAGAAGAUUGACGACGAGGAGUCGUACAGCUUCAAGACGGUGAGUAAACAGAAGACAAAGUACGUCCGGGACGGCAACCAAUUGGGUGUGAAGCCCUUUCCUUUCCUUGCGUUUCUUUUCGUACUGCCUCUCAUUCAAAUUGGCUUCAUUUCAUCUCGAACGUCGAACGAGUUUGCAUUCCUUUUAGGUCGAGGACAUAAAGGCUGAGGAGCAGAGACGGCUUGCGAGCCAGCAACCGACCGUUGCCACGAGACAGUCCCUCGAGGAUAACGAUGACAUCUUUUCGAUCUCAAAGUAAAAUCAUUCCAGGAAGAAGGAAUCAGAUCAUAGCUUCAUUCCAGACUGAUCUCCGCCACUGGAAACGCCAUCAGAGAGGCGCAGGCCGCCCAGAAAGCCCAAGCGGCCCAGCAGCCACAGCAGGAGCCGAUGAUCACUCUCCCUCCGCUCGUUCCUCUGCCACCAGCACCUCUUCAGAUGCCCGCUCUUCAACUGUAAGCUUUCCCGAACAUGCUAGUCGUUUAUACACUUGACACUCGAAAACCGGUUCAAGAGGAUGGGAGAGGAAGUGAAAAGGGAUGGCGGGGAUCAAGAGACACGACAAAAUGAGUGACCGCUUGUCAUUUCAGGCCAGCAGCUAUCGCUCAACCAGCCACUGAAAUCAUGUACCGCCCGGUCACCAAGGAUGGAAAAACGUAGGAAAACUUUCGGACUAACAAGUGGUGAACUUGCGCGUUUCAGUGUUUUCGAGCAGGUUGUCGUUCUGAAGGAUGCGAACGGAUCGAUGACAGUUCUUCCGAACACUGUGCUUCCAGCGUUUCCGGAUACAACGAAGAAGGUUGAGAUUAAACAAGUGGUUAGUGUCUGGUUUGUAUAAUCGAAUCAUCGUGUUACCUGCGUGAUUUCAGAAGAAGGUGACCGAAGCCGCUGAGUUCUCGGCCCCUACAUUCCCGCCAGUGGUCAGUCAAUUAUCAAGCCGCUCAAAUGCGAUUACUCUCAAUUUUUAGGUCAACUUGUUCGACCAGCUUACAAGCACCACGGAGGCGUCCACGACCACGACGACACAGGAGCCAGAAGUGACGACGACGACAACUACUGAAGAGCCGGUGAAACCAAAGAGAAAGUCGUUGCCAAGACGCAAGAUCCAGUAUCUGGAGAAGAAGGCAAAAGACAUGCACUCUCGCCAGUUUGGAGCCAAAACUGUUCAGAUGAGCGACCCGAUUGAGAUCCAGGCUCAGGAGGAGCAGGAGCCGGUCAAUGUCCUUCAGAAGGAAGUGAGUUGUCUGUCGGCCACUAAUUCUUGUGCUGUCUGAUCCAUUCUGAUCUUCAUAGCUUAUCUAACAUUGUGUCUCACAGGGUAACCUUCGUGUUCACGCAAUCAACCGAAGACACAAGAGUCGGAAGCCACGUGUUAUCAAAAUAGAAGAAGUAAUGAACAGUUUUUGAGUUGAAUGCACUUGUCGUCUUGCACUUUUAACACAUUUCAACUAACUCAAUAUGUCAAUUGCAGGCCGAGAAGGACGGAGACAAAGUCGAGGAAAAGCCAGAAGAGAAGGUGGAGGAAACCACCGAGCCACCGAAGAAGAUGAGGAAGCUGAUGAGAAAAGUGCACAAAACGGCCGCCAAGAAGGAGAUCCGCAAGUUCCCGGACCUGUACGACGAGCAAUGGAAGACCCAGGUGGCUCCGAGCGUUUCGCCGCCUUCCGAGGACUUUGCCGAGCAGUUCGAUGGAGUCGACGAGGUUCAGGAGCAGAGAAAGGAAUUGGAGCAGAAGCCGCAGAACGACACUCCGAUGAACGACCCAAUGGAGCAGAGAAGCAGCAAGGUUCAGAUGGUCACGAAAGAGCAAGAGGAGGAUAUUCUGAACAAGGAAGUGCACAAGAGAGUUCUGCAGAGAAUCAGACUUUCCAAGCUGAAAAGCGCCGAGAAGGCCUCCACCACCACCACUGCCGCUCCAGAGAAAGAGGAAAAGCCAGAGGAGAGUGAGGAUGCCGAGGAGGACGAGGAGGACGAGUCAUCUGCUGACGAUGUCAUUGAGGUUGAAGAGUUAGAUGAGGAGGAAGAGGAGGUCAACACCACCACAACCACGACCACCACGACAACUACCGAAGCCCCCGUGACCCGUGCCGAGAGAAUCAAGAAGACCAAGAAGAGAGCGUUCGUCACUAAGCACCAGUGCCUGAACCUCCGCAGUUUCGCCCGUCAAUUCCUGUUCGACACAGUUGAGGAGUUCGCCAAGGAGCACUGCUAUUUCAUCGAGAACUACUAUCCGGCUCUCACGUGUGCUCGUUCCAACUCGUACGUGGCCAAGUGUCAGAAGUGGCUGAAGGAGGGCGAGUAG